GUGACCUGUAAUAAAUCAUCGCAACAUUAAAGAGUCUGAAACUUCCCUUAAUGAAUAUCAUCUAAUAAUCAACAAAACAGUUUCAGGUAAAAACAGUCAAACAAGAUGAAAAUGUGGAAGAAACUUGCUAUUAUAUUUACUAUAGGGAUAUUGUUAACAAUUGUUGGAUUAACACUAGCAAUUCUUUGGUCCACAAUUUAUUUAUCAAUUAUAAAUACGCAACUACCUUUAACACCAUCAUCUACAAAUUAUGAGCUUUGGAGAGAAACACCUAUUCCCAUGUUUUUAAAAUUGUACAUGUUUAAUAUGACUAAUUAUGAAGAGUACAUCUCAAGCAAUGUAACAAAACCGAAAUUUGUAGAAAUGGGUCCUUACGUAUUUAGUGAAACUGAUUAUAAAGUAAAUCAAGUAUGGAAUGAGAAUGGUACCAUAACAUAUCUAAGGAAGAGGGUAUGGCAUUUUGAUGAAAAAAUGUCAGCAGGGAGUUUAUCAGAUAAAGUGACAAAUAUAAACCCUGUGACUGCUAGUGUUGCAUAUGCAUUAAGAUUUAAACAACCUUUCUUCCGUGAUGUAGUAGACAGAAUGAUGAAAGCAGUAGGACAGCAAUUAGUAAUUACUAAAACUGUCAAUGAAUUACUCUUUGAAGGAUACAAUGAUACUAUGUUAAAAAUUGCUCGAAAAUUCAAUUUGACUGAAAUUCCAUUUGAAAAAUUUGCUUGGUUUUAUGGACGAAAUGGAUCUGCACCUUAUGAUGGAACCUUUAACAUGCUCACUGGUACAACCAAUAUGCUUGACAUAGGAGUGGUUAAAGAGUGGAAUUAUAAUAGUAAAGUUGAUUAUUAUCCUGGAGAAUGCGGCGCAGUGAAAGGAACGAAUGGUGAUUUGUGGCCGCCGUUACCCGAUAACAAGACUAUUUCUUUCUUUGUAUCCGACAUUUGCACGAGUAUGUCGAUAAGUUACGAUAAUACAACUGUUUAUGAAGGAUUAACGGGUGUCAAAUAUAGUAGCGACGAUACGUUAUUCGAUAACGGUACGAAAGUACCAUCGCGUAAAUGUUACUGCGUGGGUGAUUGUAUUCCUUCUGGAGCAUUAAAUAUUUCAUUGUGCAAGUGGGGUGCUCCAGCGUUCAUCAGUUUACCACACUUUUAUUUGGCAGAUGAAAGUUAUACAAACAAUAUCGAUGGGAUGGAACCUAACAAAGAGAAACACGAACUUUCAAUAGCCAUAGAACCGAAAACCGGCGUUCCAUUGAACGUGAAUGCAAAGUUACAAUUAAAUCUAUUGGUCCAGCAUGAUGAAGUUAUGUCCGUAUUUAAAAACAUCAAAACGACAUUUAUACCAAUGUUAUGGUUUACCCAAGAAGCUUAUUUAACUUCCGAUUACGCUAGCACUGUGAAAUUCAUCAUUAUUCUGCAAUCUUUGGGCGCUGUAACUUGCUACGGUAUUGCCUGCAUUGGCAUUUUAAUUAUUUGCAUCGGUGCUUUCUUAUACAUUCGACAUAGUUUAAGAGGAGAAGAAAAUCAAGUUUUAUUGUCAAGAGAUGAGAAUGGAAUUUCCAGUAUUAAUGGAUGAUUAAUUGUACCUUUAAACGUUACUAUCACGAUUAUUAAGUUACAUAGAAGGAUGUUAUGAUCAAAGUGAUAGCUGUCAAAGAUGAGAUAAGAUCAUCAUCUUUGAAACAAGAGUUUAUGAACUUGUACUUAUCGAAUCCUAGAGCAUAUCUUCCUGUUACACUUCAGAUAC